GCUGGUGCCCGCCAGAGGAGAGCGAUAGAAAAUGGCGAGUCUUUGCGAAACGCAGCAAGGCACAAUCGACAGGCGCGGCUUUCGGCAGGAACUUGAUUCGUGGCGGCACAAACUCAUUCAUUGUGUAGGUUUUCAAAACAUUCUUGACGGUCUGAUUGGGCCGGAACUGGUUGAAGACCUAAAACUAUUUAAGGAUUUUAAGCAUGUGGCAUUGGAUUGGUCAUUCCACGAAAACUGCCUGUUCUGCUGUUUGAGGAGAAGUAAAGUAAAAGAACACUUACUGGGCGUAAAUAAGAGCAGACUUAAAGGAAAUGCGAAGCCUCUCCUCGUUAAAGAUCAGAUUGCAAUCGGCAAACUCGAGAAACAAACGGAAGACUUUCUCAAUGCAGUUUUCUGCAGAAAAGACAUACCAAGUUUCUCGGACCCUCGCAUUCCAAUAGUGGCUGCAGAGAUUCUUCAGACAAUGAUUAGUCAAUUCGCUGGAGAGUAUACAUCCAAAACAAGCUGCCCUCAGAACAGUCACCCAGACCCAAUGCCCCACACUGACCAAAGCCUGCCUGGUCAAGCCUUGCUCUCAGGGGCUCCGCCUCCCACCAGCCCUGCUGCUUUAGCCACCGAGACAGCGCCCAACCAGAACCCCGUCCUAAGCAAGCUCCUCAUGGCUGACCAGGACGCUCCUCUUGACCUUACCAUCAAAAAAAACCCUGCAGAGUCCAGUGAACAAGAUGGAGUGCUAGACCUGUCUAUAAAAAAGAAACACUAUAGCAGCAGUCGGCCUGUCCACAGUCCUUGUCUGUCACCAGCUCUAUCCGUGCUAAAAAGUGAGUCUCAAGACUUUCAAGUGACGAAAGAUCUGCAGUCCACCUCCACGCUGAAAAAGUUUAUGACCAAACUCUGUCUGCACCAUCAACGGCAGAUAGUAGAAGCCAUUGGUUUUCUUCAGAUGGAAGUCAAAGCCCAUUCGUCCACCAAUGCACAGAAAGCCUCUAACAAAACCUCAGGCUGCCAUGAAACUGCUUCUUCCACAGUCACGCCGGAAAAGUCAUGCCCUGAGGUAACGUUACCCAAUGAAUCUACUCCCAAAGCAGACGUCCAUUCUAUACCAAGUAGCUAUGCAACAAACAAGAUUCCAGAGAAAGCCUUGUCCCUUAAAACAUCACUAACUGCUAGCCCUGUAUCAGGGAGUAACCAACCUGCGGGGACUCCCUUCAAUAAUUCAACAGAUGGAGAGCAAAGCAGUUCCAGUGAUCAUGCACCUCUUAAAAUGAAAAUAAUGACCAAAAAUGCUGCGGGCAAGAAAGUGUCGUGUGUUCUCAAUGCCAACUUGUCUUCUCAAUCUGAUGCCACGGAGGAGAGCAAGUGCAGCUUGAAUUCAUCCAACAGAGCAGAGACACAAAGUGCCAGACUCAGUUCCUCUGUGAGAAGACACAAUCAGACGAGUUUAAUGCAUCAAGCUAAGCACAGAGAGGAUCUCGGACAUACGAAAAAAACACAAGCAAACUUAAUUUCAGUUCACAUGACCAUUCCUUCAGAUUCUGCUAGGACUGCCAGGAAAACUAUCAGGACAUCAUCUGAACAUCAAUCCAGAGACUGCAGAGCAGUGGUUGACCCAGAUUUGGGCCACUGUGACAUUGUUUUUAUUGACAAACCAAUUACAGAGUGUUUUAAGGAAAAGCGACGUGGCCUUCUCCCUCGUCGGAAUGCCAGAAAAAGCACCAGAGGACACAUGUAUUCAGAUGAAAUCUGGGAGUUAAAAACGGUUCGGACAUUGGCUGGCAGGGGAAACUGUCCUAAUCCAAUGCCAGAGUUGAUCACUUUAGUCACUCCGAAGCAAAUGCUUUCUAAGCCCGAAGGUGUGCCGCAUGUUAAUAUGCUUUUUGCGGGAACAUGCAGGGAGACGCUGGAACAACAAACCCUCUCUACGGAGUCUAAUCAGAGCGUACUACCAGAACCAGGAGAUGGUGUGGUGGCAACAGAUAGUAAAGUAGACAGCAUAGUAGUUGAACCUAGUCAGACUGAUCAGUUUCACACCAAGGCGCCCUCUGGUCCUUCUUCUCCUGAAAAGAGCCCAGUAGAAAACAACGUCACUGAUCUGAUCAGAGAUGUAGAGAAGGAAGCAACUGUAGAUUCAGACACAGCACCAGAAAGUAACGGUGUCGGUCAGCAUCCAACUGAAGUUGCAAAAGAGAAAUUGAUAGAACCUAGAAAGAUUGUAGAUCAAAUUUCUGAGCAAACAGCAGCAGAAACAGGAGUGGAACUGUUAGAGAAGGUUACCACAGAUGCCACUGAGCCCCCCAACCCAUCAGAUGAACAAGUAAACAUUGAGUCUAUGCUUCAGCAGAAUAGUGAUCCAUCAGCAGAAAUUCAAGUUGAGGAAAACACUGAGAAAGAUGAAGGGGAGAACAUGGCAGAUGGCCAGUCUCAGAAACUUGAACCUGAGGCACAGCUACAUCAGGACACCACUGAAGAUGCAGAAAAAGUCUCUGUGCCAAAUGCAGUAGAGCAUGAAAUAGAAGAAAAAGAAAUGACAACACCAGAAAAUGUUGAUGGUGAUCUACCCUUAGAGAGUAAAGAUAGCGUAGAGAACUCUGAUGUGGCUUCAAAGACACUUGAUUCUCUCUUGAAGGAGUUGCCACCUUGGCGUAGGAAAAAGACUUCCAAAAUUCAGCAGUUAACACAAUCAGAAUCCAGUAUAGUAGGUUAUGUUAAUGGUCGGCCCAUAUCUUCUUCUGACAGAAGCCUGCGUCACAGAGGAGGUAGCAACCCCACCUCACCUUCUAACAGUCCUGUAAAGUCUGGGCAGAAUGUGUCCAACAAUAGUUUGGCUAACUCUAAACAUGAAUCGGAUGUGGAAAAAAAGAAACGAGAGAGCAGUUCACCUGAAUCUACUGUACUUGUCAAUUCUUUAAAGGGAACUUCUACAACUCAGCAAGUUACAGAUUCAUCUUCUGAUGCAUCAUCAACUAAAGUAUCUGCACCUUUGUUAAGAAGUAAACAAAUCCUUAGACAAAAGUCUAUUCAGAGAGAUAAUUACAUCUUACCUGUGCUUCCUGAUCAGUUAACCGAUCUGGGUCAAAGUACCAAGUCUAAACGUCAGCUUAGAUCAUCCAGUCAAAAGGAAAGUGGAACUUUAGCACCACAGACCAAUUCAAGUGUUAUCCUAACUAUCCCCCCCCCAAAACUUUCUACCCUUAUUCUACCACCUGCAGACCAGCUUCCUUCCUUGCUCCUUCCUGAUUCACUUCCUGUUACUACACCAUCUUUGAGCUGUUCAUCUGGACCCUUAACCUCUGAAGAUUACCAACAAAACACAGUCCCAGAAUGUCCUAAAACGGAUGUUGGCGCACAGCCAAUAGAAGUAACCUCAGAAGAGGUGCAGCGGAAAGAACAAGCAAAAGGAUUUGAGACCAAACAAAAGUUAAGAUCUGCAAAAGUUGUUGAGUGCAGGAAGGAGGAGGAGGGGAAAAAACAGCUUGAUAGUCACAAACCGAAUUCAAUAGAAAAUCAGAGCUCCGUAAAGACUGAAGUUCAAACGCAGUCAAUGCCGUUAAGAAGUAGACGUAGUUUGCAGAAGGAUUCAGAGGGAAAUGACACUUUGAUUCAGAAGAAAAACACAGAUUUUAUAGAGGACAGAUCUAUAAGUGGAGAGGACAGCAGUUCCUCCACCUCAAACAAACCAAGAAGAAUGCCGCUGAGGAGUGAGACCAUAAAACCUGAAAUGUUUCCUCAGUCUGUUUCUCAAUCACAACCAGCAAACAGCAAAAAAUCCACUUUGAGGUCACAAAGAUCCCUUGCAUCUCCCGCCAGUGCUCUUACUGAUACUGCAAGACAGAGCAACCUAGCUAGCCCUGUUAAGACAAAUAAAUCUCAGAUGAAGUCUCCUUCAGCUUCUGCUGCAUGUAUGCCCCACAGCUUGCCCUUUGUCGUUGCAAAGCAUGAGCCCCCAAAACAAAUACCCAAUAAGUUCUUUGAAGUACUGACUGGAGAAGAAGGUCAACAGCUUGUUUCAAAUUUGAACCUCAAGUAUGACAAAAUGCAGAAAGGUUGGGUGCAACUGGAUAAAGAGGGCCAACCAACAGUCAAGUACAAAAAUAAGGCAGACAGGCAGGCAGCUAUAUGGAGAAGUAAACGUAGGACACGCAAACCAAAGUCUUUGGAACAGCAGAAAUACUCACCAGUCCAAAUGCUAUUUAUGAAAGGUUUUAACCUCUCCAGCAUCUGUCGCUGGUUCCUGGAGUCAACAGAAACAAAAUCUCUUGUCAUAGUCAAGAAGGUCAAUACGCGUCUUCCGUCAGAAACUCAGCUGUGUUUCCACAGCUCGUCCGGUGUGUCUGGAACCUCACAAGGGGUGUUUCCAAGCAUGCAGGCUGAACGCCUAAAGAAACAUUUGAAAAAGUUUGCCAUUGCUUCCCCCGUAAAGAGCAAUGCAAAGAGUAAGAAGCUCAUUGCCAAAGCAUUGGAGCAAGUAGUGAAUGGAGUAAAAGGGAAGGAGAGAGCUGAACCCCCCAGCAAUACUCAGACUCUAGAAAAGCCAUGCACCUCCACCAAAGCUCGUGCUCAAAUCCCAGAUUCUCAAAAAUCUUCUGGAAAAUCUAAGAAUCCAGCAAGUGCCCGAAUCUUGAGGAAAUACUCAAACAUCCGAGAGAAGAUGCAGGUUCAGCAGUCCACUGUUAGACUUAAGGAGGCUUCAAAAAUGUUGCAGAGUAAAAAAUUGAAACCCUUGGCUGCUACCAAGUCUGCUGCCAAGGCAAAUGUAAAGCCAUCCCUGAAGGGGAAGAAAUUAGUUGGACCAGGUAUCAAGCAAGUGAAAGAGUCAAAGUUGGAAAAAAGGAAAAUAUUGGCUAAAAACCAAUCGGCAAAGCCUUCCCUUCAAGAGAAAGCAGUCAAAGCUCAGGGCAGUAGUAAAGUUACAAGAGAUGCAACUAAGAGCGAGCUGCCAAAGAGAGUUUCUCAACGGCUUGGGCUUUCUAAAGAACCUGAGCCCAGCCCUGUGAACACAUCAAGAAACAAGGUUACCAGUAAGAAAAGUGAAGAAGACAAAGCAGAAGUGGAAAAAGGUUCACCAAAUAAAGUAAACUCUGUUAAAAUCCAAGCAAAAGAGUGCCCACAGAGCGCAGCCGAAGUCAAAGGAAUGGAAAAUGGUGACAGCCCUUUGCAGCAGAACACAGAUGUGAAGGCUCAAUCCUCUCUUGACCAGGUACUCACUAGAUCCCAGAAAAAAAUGGAAGCAGCUGCUCCUUUAAGCCCCAGUGUUUCUUCAAAGAUAGACACAAAGUCCACGGUUUUAAAAACUAAACCACCCAAAGCCAUCAAGAAGGCAGAUGAACCCGCCCUUACAAGAAGUGGUGCUUCAACCAGAAGUCAAACCGCCUUGCUGCUACCUAGUGCAACUAGAGUGGGAACCAAAAGACCUCAGGAGCCUUUGGUGAACCCCACAAAGCGCACCAGGACAAAAUAAGGAGAUGGCUCACCUUCAGGUCUUCGGAAAUUUACUUAAAAGGACCAAAUACAUGUGCGUGGUUAUUGCGUGAAUUUCCUUCUCAGCAGGAACAGCUAAGAAGGAUCUUAAUUUGAGAUCAAGUUGCUUUUUGCUGUAGCAAUCCUGGACCUGGUUGGAGGUGACAAACACCGGUUUCAGCUCAAUUUUAAAGGUGGCAAAGCAAACAUCAGGCGUUUGGUGCCGUCUUUCCCAAAUUUCAUUUAGCAUUUUUAAUUUGUUUGCUCUCUUGUACAUAGCAGUUGUUUUAGACAAAAGCGCGUUAUGGUUUGCUGUUGAGAGCUUGACAGGAGGGAUCCCUUACUAACUGUAACUUGGCAGUUUGUUUCUCCAGCCUGUAUUCCAAACAUGUUGUGAAUAUAUGAAUGAUGUGACCAGGUGCCUUAUUUAUGAAAUGUAAUGUAAACAAAAUGUGAAUUGCCUCCCCUGUUGUCAUAGGCAGUUGACGUUCUUGUGUUCAAAGAACAGAUUUUGUUUCUUGCAGUCUGUGCUUCAUCUGCUAAAUCUAAUCUCCCUAUAGCAUUAAGAUUUUCUGACCCAACUGCGCCUGACUAGUUUUAAUGUCCACUUUCCCAUAUCAUUAACCUUAUAAGCACAUAAAUUGGUCUGAAGUGUUCAUUGGAACAGGUCAUAAUCUGUUUUAGUCUUUGUAUUGUUUGGGAUGUAUUCCUGCUUUAGGUGUUGAAUAUUUUACCUGCUUUAUUUCUUUAAAUGGACACCUUUAAGGCCUAAACUUCAAAGUGUGACUUUGAGAGAUUUGGCUCAUAAAUCUUUGCAAGAACAUUUUGCACGUUCCAAAUUCAUUUUAAAGCUCCACAGCUGUUAGUGAUGCAUUACCGGGUGACAAUUCCUCCUUUGAUUAUUCACAAACUGGUUCUAGAAUUUUGUCGCAGUUCUGUUAUUUUAUCGUCACUAACGGCCAGUUUUCAGAACAUGACGUCUAUAUACUUCUGCAUAUGUGUAAUGUCAAGAAAAAAAGGACAAUUUUAGUACAAUGUUAUGAUAUUCUAUUUUUUUUAUUGUGGUCAUUUCCUUUAAGAGAGUUAGCUGUUCAUUCAAAACCGUUCCCCCAUUUUAUUAUUUAAAAAAAAACACGUAGGCGACAGCAGAUCUAGAACCUCCCAUGGAAUAUCAGACUUGAACAUGUUUAUUCUUUACACUUGCUAUUUAAAGAUUUUGAUUGUAUAUAUUAGAAAGAAAUACCUGCUUUAUUUGUGGUAAACCCAAGAAUAAUGCAUCUUUAUCUUCAGAAGUUGUAUUUUUCUGGAUUUGAUAAAAAAGAUGUUUGAAUUUCA